CACGUGCUUUUCGGCACAAGCCACGUGGUUCGGUUGCGUAGGUGGUGCUUCGAAAAACGCCAGUAGGCCAUGCGUUUGCCUAAGUUGGUAAUUUUCACUCUGCCAGCUGAUUUUCGUGAAAAGUGAUCAGCUGAUUAUUGCGUGCUCAAAAUGGUUUUUUCUCGCAGCCCGAGUUGCACUCCACCGCGCAGCUACCGGAAGCACCGCAGCGACCGGAAGGAUCGUCGAAGCCACCGGCGCAGUUCUCGGCAUCGACGCCACCGACGCAGUGUCAGCACCGUUUCGGGCUCGUCGUCCGGAUGUUCCUCGUGCUACAAUCGCCACCGGUCACCGCUGCCGGAAAAGGACCGUCCGGUUGAUCCGCCGCCGUCUACCUGCCUCGGCGUGUUUGGCCUCAGCAAUUACACCCAGGAGGCGGACCUGAGGACCGUAUUUGGCCGGUUCGGAUUGAUCGAGAAGGUGCAGAUCGUGUACGACGCCAAGACGAAGGCGUCCCGCGGGUUCGGGUUCGUGUACUUUGUUAACCUGGAGGACGCUUCCGCGGCCAAGGUGCAGUGCAACGGAAUGGUAAUGCACGAGCGAACCAUCCGGGUGGACUAUUCCGUUACGGAGCGACCCCACACGCCCACGCCGGGGAUUUACAUGGGCGAGCGAGAGGAUCGACGGCGCCGGAAGCACCGGAGUUCGUACAGCUACCGGGGACGGAGUUAUGAUGACGACUACCACCACGGACGUUCGAGGCGCAGUUCGUCGCGAUCCCAUCGGCGCCACCGCCGCUCUCGGCACCGCCACCACCGCCGUCGUCGAAGCCAUUCCAGAAGCUAUUCGCGCAGCCGAUCCUGGUCGAAUUCUUCCCGGGAUUAAGCAGCCUGAAGCGAUACAUUACCACCUGUUGAACUGGGGAUUGUGAAGAUUUCAUCACACUUAUUAAAACAAUUUUUUUAAUUUAUUUGAUUGUUGAAUAGCUGUAACAUUGUGAAAUAAACGGUACAUGGACUGCUAAAUUGUUCUGUUUAUCGCUCUACCACGAAGAUCCAACGGCGUCCGGUAGCCAACAGUUGGGCCAAUAAAAAUUGUGCCCCCAUCAAUAAAGGUGGGGCCAGCCGGAGCUCA